GCGCUUCGAGACCUCGACUAGUCACUGUCGAGCAGGUCAUCACUAGUGUGCUCUUAUGAGACCCUCGCGCUGCGACUUCUUCACAGCCGUAAGAUCAAGUAAAGGUGCGGUAGGUGAGGCAAAGUCGAACGUGGUAAUCGCGUACUGUUGGGAAUGCCAGCAGUGAGGAAGAUCGCGACAUGGUUAGUGGCUUUAAGUUUGAGGAGGUGCCUGACGCCGCGUGGUCCGAUUUUAAGUGUUGUGGAUUGAGAGAUACGUUUAGGAGGCGGCACAGCAAAUCGCACCUUCACGAGUUUACUGUGGAUGACAGGGAUCACGCACUUUCUAGCCGGUGCUACGUUUAUUUAUUUUCCGGUCUGUAUUCCGUGAAAUGUAAUGCUACAUCUAAUUUAUGAGCGCCUUAAAUCGGGAUUGCUCUCUUCACGCUCGUGCACUUUUCCGCGCAGCGUCUCCUUUCAAUUUCGCGCAUGCUCCGAAAUGUGCUGUCCGUCGGGCACGCGCAUGUUCAUCCGCUUACUCCCGCACGGCCCCGUCGUUCAUUUCUGAUUUUUUUCGAGCUCAGCGUGUUUUUUAAAGUUUUUUCCUCUAAAGCGGUCAUCAAGAAAAUUUGUUUAAGUGGCGUGGAACGAGGUAACUUUACAGGGCGCGUUCAGGUUUCAUUGCCAGCAAUUUGUCUCAUACUGAAACUUAUUAGAAAUAGUUUACAUUAUUUUUUUUUUGUAUUUUCUUAUGCGUUUUCACAUUGAUUUGUUUAAUGGGAAAUAAAAAAUACAAACAUUGCACAAGCUAGUGCUGGCAAAGGCAUACAGUAAAAUGUACAGCUGGCGUGGCAUUGGCUUUCCCAUUUCACACGGCAAAUCACUGAGGUGUCUAAUGGCCUCCAGCUCAGGGCUGUCCACGUGAGAACUGAAUCUGAGAAGAGAAGGGCAGACACUUAAAGAGAGAGAAGAGUUUCCCACAGAGCAUGGCCUAUGCCAAAGAAGAUGGCAUGCAUGAAAGAAUGGUGGACAUUAAAGAAGAGGAGUGUGAGUGGCUCACACCAGAGGAUGUGUGUGUGAAGCUGGAGGAUCAUGAAGUAAGAAUUUCAGUUUUUAAAGAGGAGGAAGAGUGCAAUGGGGUGACUACUGCCAUUAAAGCUGAGGAUUUGAGUGAUUUCCCCGUUGGUCUUGAACUUCAAAAGCAUGAAACUAAUGAUAUUUUCAAGCAAGAGGCCUGUGAAGAAUCUCCAUCCAGUUUACAGCCCUGGUCCACUAAUACAGGACAAAUGGCUAUGCAGGAGAAUUCUGGAGAGCUGAAAUCAGAGUUAUCAGAGUCUGAAGAGAAAAUCACCGAGGAAAAUGGGAGUGAAGGAGAAGAGUCACCUGGGAGUGUUGGAAUAAAUUUACAGAAGAAUGGCAGCUUCCCUCCACCUUCAUUUGGUCAGCCCUCUCUUCAAUACAAAGAGAAAGGUAUGAAGAAAUCAGCAAGAGAAUCAGAGAACCUGACAGACUUUUUUCAGUGCAGUUCUCUCCCUACUGCUGGAGUAACACAGACAGAAGCCAUCAAAACUGAUCGACAGCAAGUGGAGAAAGAAAUCCAGAUUCAUACUGGAGAAAAAUGUUUGGAAUGUGGCAAACAAUUCACACACACAAGCGAUCUUCAUAAGCAUAUGAAGGUUCAAACUGUAGAAAAAACAUAUUGUUGUCAUGAAGGUAGCAAACAUUUCCAAAAGAUCAAGAAUUUUAACAAACACACAGAAAUUCACUCUGGAGAGCAGAAACCUCAUUGUUGUAACAAAUGUGGUAAGUCAUUCUCAUGUAGAAGUAAACUUCAGAGGCACAAAAACAUUCACACAGGAGAAAAACCUUAUUGUUGUCCAGAAUGUGGUAAAUCGUUCUCAUGGAUAAGCUAUCUUCAGAGGCACAGAAGAAUCCAUACUGGAGAAAAAUCUCAUUGUUCUCCAGAAUGUAGGAAGUUGUUCUCAUUGAGAAGCCAUCUUCAGGAACACAGAAGAAUCCACACAGGAGAAAAAACCCAUAGCUGUCCAGAAUGUAGGAAGUCGUUCUCAAGGAGAAGCCAUCUUCAGAACCAUAGAAGAAAUCACACAGGAGAAAAACCUCAUUGUUGUCCAGAAUGUAGGAAGUCCUUCUCAAACAGAAGCAGUCUUCAGAAGCACAGACUAAUCCACACAGGAGAAAAACCUCCUUAUUGUCCAGAAUGUACCAAACCAUUUUCUGACAAAUGCAGUUUUCAAAGGCACACGGAAAUUGAUACUAGAAAGAAGCCAUAUUGCUGUUCUCAAUGUGGAAAAGGGUUUUAAACAUUAUCUCUUUUCAAGUAAACACAGAAAUCCCCAUUUAAGCGAAAAUGCAGUUUGUUUGUUCUGAAUGUGGCAAAUGUUAUACAAGCCAGAAAGGUACUUACAGACAUGCCAAAAUCCAUUCUGAAGAAAAAUUUCAUUGCUGUUCUGAAUGUGAGAAACGAUUCUUAUAUUUAAGCACACUUCAGUGCCACAUCAUAACUUAUACUGGAGAUAAACCUUUUUUUUUGUCCUGAAUGUGAUAAGCAGUUCUCACAACAAAGCACCCUAAAGAGACGCAUCAGACUUCACACCGGAGAGAAACCUCACCUUUGCUUUGAAUGUGGCAAACAAUUCUCUGUAUAAGCAUACGAAAAGUCAUACUGGAUUGAAGCCUUACAGUUGUACUGAAUGUGGAAUGUGAUUCUCAUAAAACUAUUCUCUUCCUACAUGUAAAAUAAUUCUAAUAAGAAACAAAGCUGUUCUGACUGUGGCAAGCUUUUCUCAGACAGCAUGACUCCUAAAGAUCACGUGAGAAUUCACUCUGGAGAGAAACUUUAUUGCUGGCCAGAGUGUGGCAAAUGAUUCUCACGUCCAAGUACACUUAGGUGCCUCAGAAGGAUCCACACUGGAGAGUAGCAGUACAACUGUUCUGAAUGUGGUAAAGUUUACUCUUCCAAAGAAUGUUUUUGGAGAAACACACACAAUCAUAAUGGAGUAAAGCUUAUCCCAGAAGUGACAAAUGAUCUUUCCAUUGGAUCCUCAACCAAAUAAAUUAAAGAAAACUUUUUUAAUGAGUUAAGGACUCCAGUUUACUGUAGUUAAUAAGUACUUAAGAAUAGUGGAGAAAACACUGAAAGUGGCAAACAGAUCCUAGAUGCAAGGUCACCUCAGAGCCACAUAUGAAUUCACACUUGAAUGAACACACUGGAAUACAACACAUAUUUCACAAACGGCAAGAAUCUUCUUCAACAACUUAUUUGUGAAAGAAAAAUCCUCAUUGAUAUCUUAAAUGAGUUUAACGCUUUUAAGACAUCAGUGGUCUUCAUAGUCAUAAAUAGCUGGCCUAUAUGUGGUAAGCUUCUUAGCUGUUCUGAAUGUUGAAAGUGGUCCUCUUGUAUCAGCCUUCAUCAGCAACACAUAAGAUUUCAUGAAGGACUCAAACUGUACUGCUAGGACGUCACCCAUACAGGGACUGAUCAUCUCUGCACCAGUGCUGUGACAUAAGAUGGUGAACAAUACAAACACCAGACAACAGAAUGAGGUAGAAACAGUACUGUGUGGUGAUAACAACUUCAGCCACAGAACACAACUGAAAAAGUUCAAUGUAAUAGUGAAUAGAUGGAGAAAUCAAAUCAAAUCUGCAGUGCGGUGCCAACUACCAGGAGGUGCCACUGAGAACGAGGGCAAUAUUUUUGUGUUGGAUCUUUGGAGAUGAGACCUUAUCUGAGUAGCCAUGAACUUGUACCGUCUCUGGGAUGUCAUCUAAUGGCUGAUGCCUGGGCUGAGUGCAGACUGCCGUUCUUAACCCUGAUAAUGAAGAAGUCAUUUAGUGACGUCAGCUGACAGCCAAUGCUGUCCAAUCAGAUACUGGGGAGGGACAGUCGAGGAGGACAGGAGACUUAAAAGAGAGCCAUCACAUGACAGACCAAUGUAGAGGGGCUUUAUAAGACUUUUAUACUAAUUUAGGUUAUUAUUUAUAAAUGAUAAGAGCCUUUUAAAACCAAACACAUUCAUCAGCUGUGUGUCAAGGGUGAGUCCAAAAGUGGGAAUUUAAGAAGAUCUAAAUACAAAUAAAAUGAAACAUUCAGUGUUCAAAGAGAAAUGUUUAAGACCUGAAGGGGGCGUCACAACAGCAUGCUAGGAUUAGCACGGGGGACCACAGUUGUGAAGAAUAUCAAUACACCAUAAUGAAUGCAGAACACAAUGAAAAGGAAAUGAACUGAUUUUAUUUGUUGACGUAAGAGAAAAGGGGAAGACAAAGCAGAAAAUACACAGCGAUCUCUGCUGCCCCAGCUGUUAAUUUGAUAAAUGAACCUAAAAAUAUAACAGAUGUCACUUUGCUCCAUGUCAGUAUAUCCUGGGUGGUGUGUGAAGGACGCUCUAUACUCCGAAUGUGUUGGUUCAGGUUCCAGUUUGAGUUCAGCACCUUCUUCAUAUCGAUACCCAAGACAACGUUUCUUCACGUCGAGAUUACAAGCUGGAGGGCACAGGAGCUCAAUAAACUCCAACAGCAGGAUGGACGAUUAGAAAGCUCUGCUUUGAGAGAGUGUCAGCUACACAAAGCUUUGGCUUCAUUUACUUGACAGAAAACUCCAAAAAGCAGAAGUGGCCCCUUCUGUACCCACCACUGAAGGUCACAUUUCACCCCUCACUACUCACCGUUGGUUCACUCUGCUUGGACUUUCUGUAUUUUGUAAGUUUAUGUUUCAUUUUUUGGCCACACUCUUUUUACAUUUCAUUUAAUUGAUGUUCUCAAAUGUGUGAGUAUAGCUUGAUUCUUACAAGGACUUAUCUAAAAAGGGUUCAUUGGCCAUGAAAUGCAAGAAGACAGAAAAAUAUAAAACGUGGAAACCACAAAAUAAAGAGGUGACAUCGAUGAAAUACGCUCAGUGGUAGAGGUGACAUGGCCAAAAUCAGAAAGGACAGCACAGAAAAGGCAGGUACCAACUAAAAACAAAAGAAGAAAGCUGAUUGGUGGAAAGAAUUGUCAGUCACUCCUGAGUGGACUGUUGAGGACAGCUGUGGCAUUGAGACUUCAAAGUUCAUGUGUUUUUGAUUUCCAAUCUGUGACCGUGCGCUGAAUAAGUCUGUUAUUUAUCAGUUAGCAUGUUCUGAGACUGUAAUGUCAUCACAAAGAUCAUACAAACAUGUAAUGUGACAUUUGUGAUCGAUCAUUUUUGUUGAUUUUUAAGGCACCAUUCAUCAGCCCUGUAUAGAGUGACACUUCCAGAUCGGCAACCCCACUGCACCCCAUGGCACAUUUGGAGUUUGGGACUGGAGCACAAAGUGGAUGGCACUCUGAGAAGGACAGACUUGUAAGACGUGAACAAAGCCAGCUGCCCUCCCUGGUCUGUCUUCAUUCAGAAGGACUCACCUGAGUGGUGGGAUUGUUCUGCGGCGCUCCUGUUAGCUGACAUUUCAUCAGCUUGCUUUCUGCAUUUCAUCUGAUAACCAGCAGAGUUAAUCAAAGAUGAGCCAGGCCUGUUACAAUGUGAACGUUCUUGACAGUUUGGUUUGUUUAAAUGUUUUUUUUUUUGCUUCUUUACUUUGAGUUCUUGUAGGCCUUGUACAUUAGAGAUUAUUAAUACAUGAGCAUUUGGUGUUAAUAAUGAAUUGACAAUUAAUAAACUGUUUUUAUUGCUAAA